AUGCGGCAGCAGCGGAGCUGUCUGUGGGUAGCAAGCCUUGCAGCAUGGCAGGCCUUGCUGCUCGUUGCUGCUGUCCUCCUCUCCCCAGCCUCUGCAGCAAAGUAUGAGACCCCAGGGGAGACUGUGCAGGGGCCGGAUCCGGCGACCAUGUUUGAGAUUCAGGGGCGAACCUUCUGGAACAAGAGCCUCGGCUUGGACCAACAGGCACCUGGCGUCUUGGGCCAUCAGUGCUCGGCUGCGCGCCCCUCGCCCCACCCCACUGAGCACCUCACCUACACCCCCAACCGCCGGUGGCCUGCGGAUCCGGCGGACGGCCGCAGCGCUAUAGUGAUGGCGGUGGGAGGCGAGCCGGAGCGGUUCUACGAGCGCAUACACAACACCUGGGCCACUUGGCAGGGCUACUUCACGCCCCACAUCAGGCGCAACACCGUGCUCAUCCUGCUGCUGGACGCCAAUUUCUGGACGGACCUCACUCAGCUCACCAAGAUCCUCAUGCUCGAGCGUCUCGACUGCUCCACGUACAAGCGCGCAUGCGAGGUGGCCGCAGGCCUCGACCAGGGCUACACAGUCUUUGUCCUCAACGUCUUUGUGACGAUGCCAGAGAGCACAAACUACCUGGAGCCUCAGGAGCCCUUUGUGGUCCUCAUGGGCAUCAAGCAAUUCCCCCACCCCUACUGGAUAGAGCGCGGGAACAGAACAGAGGCCGAGGUGCUCGCCAGUGACUGGAAGACCGAGCAGUGCAACCGCGCGAACUACGCGUACACCAAAUUUACUAAUUGGUACAGCUAUCACAUGUUCGAUGAGCUGCGCAUCCUGGACUACUUUGAUUACUGGUGGAAGAUCGACGACGACGUCAGGUGGUUUGGGCACUUGCCGAUGGACAUAACGGAGCGGCUGGUGGCGGAGAGGCGCAUCUUUUUCCAGACGGCGCUCGACUACGAUCCCUGGUGGUGCAUCGGGCCCUCCCUGGCCGACAGCAUCCAACUCUUCCUGGACACCGAGUCCGAUCUCUGCGGCCGGCCCCUGCGCGCCGUCGCGCAUGACAAGGUGUGGUGGACGAAUGAUACGUACAUCUACCUGUCGGAGUUUGUGGGGGGCUGGCUGGGCAUGUACACCUCCCCGGAGCUGAUGGAGUACGGGCGCAUCUGGAACUACUACCCGUACUCCAUGUGGACCUGGCGCUGGGGGGACCAGCAGUUCUGGACCAAGGCCAACGGCAUGUUUGAUGACGGGUCGGGGAUCCUGGAUUUAUCUUACCUCAAACAGCAUGACACCAGCGGCGGGCCCCCCAAGGGCAAGACUGAUAUGAUGUUCUACCACGGCUGA